AUGAUUGGACUUCAAGCUAUGAUCAGCCACGCGACGAGUCCUCGAUCAAGCUUUCGAUCUACAAGCAAUCGCAAGGAUGUGUUCCAGCUGCGCUUUGGCCAGACAACACCGCUCAUUUCAAGAGGUUUUAUUUGGCUGCGAUACGACAUCGAGCUCGACAGCAAGUUCGCCACCAAUACUGCUGCGCCGCGUCAUUGUCAACUCCACGCCUACCAAUUGACUGAUGACACCCGUACCACGACGAUCGUCAGCAAGAAUCUGCCAAUGCUUCGUCUAUUGCUGCUUUCGAACGCCACC